AUGGCCUACGUUCGUACUCGUCAUUUUUGUUGCUGCUUGCCUGUUCGACUCGGAGUAUUUCUUCUGAGUCUGGGUAUUGCGCUUUUGGGAGGAGCGGUUUCCGUCUUGGCAUGGAUGGAGGUGACAAAACUCCAUGAAAAUCCCCUGCCUAAAAAUGAUGAAAUCUCGCUCUAUAUCCAUGCUGUGAUGUUCUCCGUCCUCUGCAUUGUCGGCGCCUUUGGGUUCUUUGGUGCCUUGACUAAGCAACGUGGACUUGUUUCAGUCUUCGGGACGAUGUUGGCUUUGCAUCUCGGAUUCAGCAUUGCGACGGGUAUCUAUACGCUCUAUACGCUUUUCAAGCGUAGCAAUCAAGCUGCCCUGAUUGUCUGCAUCAACAAUUCGGUGGACCCGACGGAUCCCGCGGCCGCAGUCCGUUGCCAAAAUGGCUUCAAGUAUCUGAAGAUAGUCUCUAUCGUCUCCUACUGCUUGAGUUGGUUGAUCGAACUCUACGCUGUUUUGGUUGUCACCAGCUACGUGAAGCAACUUAAAGAGGAAGAGGAAGCCAAUGUGAUGCAUCCUUCCGCCUCCGCCUCAAUGAGCAGCUACUAUCAACCCAAUGCCACCUAUGCGCCUCCCGCGACCCAACCAAACGCGUACCCCUUCAAUCAACCCAGUCAGGCAUAUGGACACCAAGCUUGA